AAAAGAGGAGGAGGAUCGUCCCCCCAACUCAUCCCCCCAAACCAGUGCAGCUCUCCAGGCGAUGCCAGUGUAAAUGCCAGGGCAAUGUCCCGUCGCAAGCAGGGAAACCCGCAGCACUUGUCACAAAGAGAGAUUAUCACACCAGAGGCUGACCAUGUGGAACCGGCACUCGCCGACGAGGAUGAGAGCCUGGCAAUAGCAGAGCCAGGCGGCAUCAGCAUCGCCGCAGGCGGGACAGACCCCGACUUGUUAACCUGUGGACAGUGUCAGAUGAACUUCCCGCUGGGAGACAUCUUGGUUUUUAUAGAGCACAAGAGAAAACAGUGCAAUGGCACUGGUGGUGUCUGCUAUGAAAAGAGCAUGGAUAAGAGCAGCCCUCCCCCCUCCUCACGUGCCGAGCUCAGGAAAGUGUCAGAGCCAGUGGAAAUCGGGAUCCAAGUCACACCCGAUGAAGAAGACCGUCUUCUCACGCCUACAAAAGGAAUUUGCCCCAAGCAGGAGAACAUUGCAGGUAAAGAUGAGCCUUCAAGCUAUAUUUGCACAACAUGCAAGCAGCCUUUUAAUAGCGCUUGGUUCUUGCUUCAGCAUGCCCAGAACACACAUGGAUUCCGCAUCUACCUGGAAACAAGCCCUUCAAACAGUUCCCUUACUCCACGCAUCACCAUCCCUCCUCCUCUGGGACCGGAGACUGUUGCACAGUCCCCGCUGAUGAAUUUCCUUGGAGACAACAACCCUUUCAAUCUUUUGCGGAUGACAGGACCCAUCUUGCGUGAACACCCUGGCUUUGGUGAGGGUCGGCUCCCAAACACGCCUCCGCUGUUCAGCCCACCGCCUCGUCAUCAUCUGGAUCCGCAUCGCCUUAGUGCCGAAGAAAUGGGGUUAGUUGCCCAGCAUCCCAGUGCCUUUGACAGAGUUAUGCGUUUAAACCCCAUGGCAAUUGAGUCCCCAGCGAUGGAUUUCUCCAGAAGGCUUCGAGAGCUGGCGGGAAACAGUUCCACCCCUCCGCCAGUCUCGCCCAGUCGCACCAACCCUAUGCAUCGCCUGUUGAAUCCUUUCCAGCCGAGCCCUAAGUCACCUUUUUUGAGCACCCCGCCACUGCCCCCCAUGCCCCCCAGCAGCACUACUCCUCCCCAGCCUCAGGCCAAGAGCAAGUCCUGUGAAUUUUGUGGGAAAACAUUCAAGUUCCAGAGUAACCUUAUUGUGCACCGGCGCAGUCACACAGGAGAAAAGCCCUACAAGUGUCAGCUCUGUGACCACGCUUGCUCCCAGGCCAGCAAGCUAAAACGCCACAUGAAAACGCAUAUGCAUAAAGCUGGCUCCAUGAUGGGCAGGUCGGACGACGGGCUGUCCACCACUAGUUCCCCUGAGCCGGGUACGAGCGAGCUCACUGGAGAGGGACUGAAAUCCAGUGAGGCAGAUUUCAGGAACGAGAGCGAUCCUUCCCUGGGCCAUGACAAUGAAGAAGAGGAAGAGGAGGAGGAGGAGGAAGAGGAGCUCGAAAACGAAAGCCGGCCAGAGUCAAGCUUCAGCAUGGACUCGGAACUGAGUCGUAACCGAGAAAACGGCUCCAAGUCGCUGCCGGACGAGAAAUCCCUCGUCCUGGGAAAAGUCAUCGAGAAUGUAAGUCUAGGUGCCAUCCAGCAAUACAACGACAUGCUAGCUGAAAAACAGAAGAGGGGUAGCUUCAUGAAAAGGUCUUCUGACCAGCGAGACUUGUGUCCCCGAGACCUCUGUCCCAGAGAUCCAGGCGAUGAAGACUCAGUGGUAGGAGAGCUGGACCGCACCGAGGAAGGGACGGUCAACGGAAGAAGCUUUGGCCCAGGCGAACCCUUCCCAAACUUGUUCCCCCGCAAGCCGACGCCCAUCACGAGUCCCAGUUUAAACAAUUCUUCUAAAAGAAUAAAGGUAGAGAAAGAUUUGGACUUGCCACCAGCGACGAUAAUACCUUCGGAAAACGUUUACUCUCAGUGGCUGGUGGGGUACGCGGCAUCGCGGCACUUCAUGAAGGAUCCGUUCCUCGGAUUCACAGACUCCCGACAAUCCCCCUUCGCGACCUCUUCCGAGCACUCGUCGGAGAACGGGAGCUUGCGUUUCUCCACCCCGCCGGGGGACAUGCUGGACGGGGGGCUCUCAGGGCGCAGCGGCACGGCGAGCGGAGGCAGCACCCCCCACAUCAGCGGUCCCGGCCCCGGCCGACCCAGCUCAAAGGAAGGACGCAGGAGCGAUACAUGUGAGUACUGUGGCAAGGUCUUUAAGAACUGCAGCAAUUUGACGGUGCAUCGUCGGAGCCACACUGGAGAGCGGCCUUACAAAUGCGAGCUCUGCAACUAUGCAUGUGCCCAGAGCAGUAAGCUGACGCGCCAUAUGAAAACACAUGGCCAGAUAGGGAAGGAGGUCUACCGCUGCGACAUUUGCCAGAUGCCCUUUAGUGUUUACAGCACCCUGGAGAAACACAUGAAAAAGUGGCACGGAGAACAUUUGCUGACAAAUGACGUCAAAAUUGAGCAGGCAGAAAGAAGUUAAGGCCCCCCCUGCCCUCACCUCCCCCGCUGCCCCUCCUCCCUCCCCCCCAAUCACCCCCAUCACCCCCGCUAGGUUAAAUUUCAGGGGUCUAGGUAACAUUUUAUUUGUACAGUUUAACUAUUGCCAACUGAGAAAAGAUGACCUAACUUGCCUCCGUAAACAUAACUUAGCAUAACUAUGGUAGGUGCCAGACUUUGGCACUUAAAUAUAACCUGUGUCUACAAAGUUCUAUUAAACCCGAGGGUUGAUUAAGGCAGUAAAAAUUGUGGAGCCUUUUAACUGUGCAAUAAUUUCUGUAUUUAUUGGGUUUUUGUAAUUUUUUGGCAUG